GGAGUUCGGCUGAUGGCCGAUCGGUGGAGCUGACAGCUCUGCUCAUAGCCGUGGACAUGUUAUAGGCUGCAGCUUCGGGUGGGCUUGGCGGACAGGUUGCCUGCGGCACUGCAGCCAGCGUUCGGCUCCUAUUCCCGUUUCUCUGCUGUGGAAGGGAGAUCGCGUACUGGAAAAAUGUCCGCUACCAGCAGCCCCGAGGCCAUCAAGAAGCUGGUGGAGAACAUGCAGUGCGACCUGCGGGGCCUCUCCAUGGAGUGCAAGAAAAAGUUCCCCCCCGUAAAAGAGGCUGCGGAAUCGGGCAUAGUGAAGGUGAAAAACAUCGCUGCACGGAACACUGACAUUCUGACAGCUUUGAAGGAGAACAGCUCAGAAGUUGUUCAACCUUUCCUCAUGGGCUGCGGAACAAAAGAACCGAAGAUUACCCAGCUUUGUCUUGCUGCUAUCCAGAGGCUCAUGUCACAUGAAGUGGUAUCUGAGGCUGCAGCUGGUAAUAUUAUAAACAUGUUAUGGCAGCUCAUGGAAAAUGGCCUUGAAGAAUUAAAGCUUCUACAGACUGUUUUGGUACUUCUGACAACUAACACAGUGGUACAUGAUGAUUCCCUAUCAAAGGCAAUUGUCCUUUGCUUCAGACUUCACUUCACAAAAGAUAACAUAACGAAUAAUACAGCUGCGGCAACAGUGCGGCAGGUCGUCACUGUAGUGUUUGAGAGAAUGGUGGCAGAAGAUGAAAGACAGAAAGAUGUUGUGGAGCAGCCUGUGCCUGUCACUGGAAACAGUAAUAGGAGAUCUGUCAGCACUCUGAAGCCAUGUGCUAAAGACGCUUACAUGCUGUUUCAGGACUUGUGCCAGCUGGUUAAUGCUGAUGCUCCGUACUGGCUGGUGGGAAUGACAGAAAUGACACGGACAUUUGGUCUGGAGCUUCUAGAAUCAGUCCUUAAUGACUUUCCACAGGUUUUCUUACAGCACCAAGAAUUCAGCUUCCUCUUGAAAGAAAGAGUGUGUCCUCUGGUCAUCAAGCUCUUUUCCCCAAAUAUUAAAUUCCGACAAGGCUCUAGUAGUAGUUCUUCUCCUGCUCCUGUUGAAAAACCAUAUUUUCCUAUUUGUAUGAGACUGCUUCGGGUUGUGUCUGUACUAAUUAAACAAUUCUAUAGUCUUCUAGUGACGGAGUGUGAGAUCUUUCUGUCACUACUAGUAAAAUUCCUGGAUGCUGAUAAACCACAGUGGCUACGAGCUGUGGCUGUAGAGUCCAUACACAGACUCUGUGUGCAGCCUCAGCUGCUCAGGUCUUUCUGCCAGUCCUAUGACAUGAAACAACACUCCACUAAGGUUUUCCGUGACAUUGUCAAUGCUCUAGGAUCCUUUAUUCAGUCACUUUUUCUCAUUCCAAGUACUGGAAAUGCAUCCACCACAACCAACCCUAAUGCUGGCUCUAGUUCCAGUGCUCCUGCCUCUAAUCAAACACCUUCAGGGAUGGUGACAGUGGUGGGUAACACAAGUGUACUUCCUGCAUUUGAAUACAGAGGCACCUGGAUUCCGAUCAUGACCAUUUCUAUUCAAGGCAGUGCUAAAGCAACCUAUCUUGAAAUGCUUGAUAAGGUGGAGCCUCCUACCAUCCCAGAGGGCUAUGCUAUGUCUGUAGCCUUUCACUGCCUAUUAGAUCUCGUGCGGGGUAUAACUACAAUGAUUGAAGGAGAGAUCGGACAGGCUGAAACAGAUUCACAGAUAUCAGCAGAGGAACCUCUGUCACAAAGCAGUGAUCCGAAAGACCUCAGAACUGUGUCUGAUCAGCCCGAGGAAGAACCAGUUGGUAGAACGGUUUGGGAGGAGAUGAUCAACGCCUGCUGGUGUGGCCUUCUUGCUGCUCUCUCCCUGCUUCUAGAUGCAAGCACUGAUGAGACCGCAACAGAAAACAUCCUGAAAGCUGAAAUGACCAUGGCAUCCCUGUGUGGAAAAUUGGGACUUGUGACACCAAGAGAUGCCUUUAUUACAGCUAUUUGCAAAGGCUCAUUACCACCGCAUUAUACUCUCACUGUGCUGAACAGCUCAUCUGCUACUCUAUGCAACAAAUCAUAUUCAAUCCAGGGACAAAAUGUACAGAUGAUCAGCCCCUCAAGUGAUUCUCAUCAGCAAGUAGUAGCUGUUGGACAGCCUCUAGCUCUACAGCCACAAGGAACUGUUAUGCUAACUGCUAAGAAUAUCCAGUGUAUGCGAACAUUGCUUAACUUGGCUCAUUGUCAUGGUGGGUACCUGGGGACAUCUUGGCAACUUGUUCUUGCAACUCUUCAGCACUUGGUGUGGAUUCUUGGCUUGAAGCCCAGCAGUGGUGGUGCAUUAAAACCUGGUAGAGCAGUUGAGGGUCCUAGCACAGUUUUGACCACUGCUGUUAUGACAGACCUGCCCGUAAUCUCCACAAUCCUUUCACGACUAUUUGAAAGCUCACAAUAUCUGGAUGACGUGUCUUUGCACCAUCUGAUUAAUGCACUCUGCUCGUUAUCUCUGGAGGCUAUGGACAUGGCUUAUGGGAACAGCAAGGAACCGUCUCUUUUCGCUGUUGCUAAAUUGUUGGAGACUGGAUUGGUAAAUAUGCACAGAAUUGAAAUCUUAUGGAGACCAUUGACCGGACAUUUAAUUGAGGUUUGCCAGCAUCCAAACUUGAGAAUGAGAGAAUGGGGAGCUGAAGCAUUAACAUCCCUAAUAAAAUCAGGACUGGCUUUUAAACACGAGCCUGAGCUUUCUCACAACCAGAGGCUGCAGUUACUUUUGUUAAACCCCUUGAAGGAGCUGUCAACUAUAAAUCAUCAUGAUAUUCGGCUUAAGCAGCUGGAGUGUGUGCUACAAAUCCUGCAGAACCAAGGAGACAGUCUAGGACCUGGCUGGCCACUGGUUCUAGGAGUUAUAGGGGCAAUAAGAAAUGAUCAGGGAGAGUCCCUGAUACGGACUGCAUUCCAGUGCCUUCAGUUGGUCGUGACAGACUUUCUUCCCACAAUGCCUUGCACUUGCCUGCAGAUUGUAGUAGAUGUGGCUGGGAGCUUUGGACUUCAGAAUCAAGAGCUGAAUAUUAGUUUAACAUCAAUUGGUUUGCUGUGGAAUAUCUCAGACUACUUCUUCCAAAGAGGAGAACAUAUAGAAAAAGAACUGAACAGGGAGGAAAAUCUGCUUCAGAUGCAGGCAAAAGAGAAAGGCGUCACCUUAAACCGGCCUUUCCACCCCGCUCCUCCAUUUGAUUGCCUGUGGCUCUGCCUCUAUGCCAAAUUGGGAGAGCUGUGUGUUGACACACGUCCUGCUGUCAGGAAAAGUGCUGGCCAGACCUUGUUCUCUACAAUAGGGGCGCAUGGAACAUUGCUGCAGCAUCCAACAUGGCACACUGUCAUUUGGAAGGUCCUGUUCCACCUUUUAGACCAAGUGCGAGAGUCUUCCACAACAGCUGAUAAGGAGAAGAUUGAAUCAGGAGGUGGUAACAUCCUCAUUCAUCACUCCAGGGACACAGCAGAGAAACAAUGGGCCGAGACCUGGGUUCUAACUCUAGCUGGAGUGGCCCGAAUAUUUAACACAAGGCGGUACCUGCUGCAACCGUUGGGUGACUUUUCAAAGGCCUGGGAUGUUCUUCUCGAUCACAUCCAAUCAGCAGCUCUCAGCAAGAAUAAUGAAGUCUCCUUAGCGGCCCUCAAAAGCUUUCAGGAAAUUUUGCAAAUUGUUAGCCCAACCAGAGAAAUGGACAAGCCGGAGUCGCUGCCUGGUAUUUCAGUUACUGUCCCUGCUCUAAUUGGGCCAGUUACGGCUACUGGGCCAGGGAGACCACUGGCAAGAGCUGAUUCCAUAGGAGAAAGACUUGGUAGAUAUAAUAACUCUGAGCAGCCCAUAGCCAUGGAUGAGAUAGAAGACUCUGCUCUCUGGUGGGCAGCCUGGAACACCUGGUAUAGGAUUGGUUCAGAAAGUACUAAGCCACCAGCUACAAGUGACAAACUGACAUUUAUCCCCAGUCAGCCCUUCCUUACAGCUUUAAUUCAGAUUUUCCCAGCUCUUUAUCAGCACAUCAAAACUGCUUUUAACAUGGAUGAUCUAGAAAAGCUAGGGGUUAUAUUACAUGGGGCUGUGUCAGUGCCUAUAAGCUCAGAUGCCUCUCCUUUCAUCCUCCCCUCUUACACUGAAGCAGUGUUGACAAGCCUACAGGAUUCUGUGCUUACAGCCUUGGAUGUCCUUCAAAAGGCCAUCUGUGUAGGAGCAGAAAACAUGCAGAUAAUGUACCCUGCAAUCUUUGACCAGCUGUCUGCUUUCGUACAAUUCUCUUGUAAGCCUCCCCAGUAUGGAAAACUAGAAACAAAGCACAUUGCUAAUGCCAAAUACAAUCAGAUCCAACUUUUUGCACCGGCAGAGUGGGUCGCCUUAAAUUAUGUACCUUUUGCAGAGAAAUCCUUGGAAGUCGUUGUGGACAUGUACCAGAAAACGGCUUGUCAUAAAGCUGUAGUGAAUGAGAAAGUUCUCCAAAAUAUUAUCAAGACCUUAAGAGUGCCAUUGAGCCUGAAGUAUGCUUGUCCUUCGGAAAGCACAUGGAAGCUGGCAGUAUCCUCCCUACUAAAAGUGCUCUCGGUUGGCUUACCUGUUGCACGUCAGCAUGCUUCUUCUGGGAAAUUUGAUAGCAUGUGGCCAGAACUUGCCAAUACAUUUGAAGAUUUUUUAUUUACAAAAAGCUCUCCUCCAGAUAAUCUUUCAAUUGAAGAGUUUCAGAGAAACGAGAUUAUUGAUGUAGAGGUUGUCCAGCUCAUCAGCACAGAGAUACUGCCGUAUGCCAAUUUUAUUCCUAAGGACUUUGUUGGCAAAAUUAUGACCAUGCUUAACAAAGGUUCCAUACACUCGCGAUCAUCAUCGUUUACUGAAGCAGAAAUAGAUAUUAGGAUGCGGGAAGAGUUUUCAAAAGUGUGCUUUGAGACCCUGCUUCAGUUCUCAUUCAGCAAUAAAGUAUCAACACCCCAAGAAGGAUAUAUUUCUAGAAUGGCACUUUCUGUGCUGCUGAAGAGAUCCCAAGAUGUCCUACACCGCUACAUAGACGAUGAAAGGCUGAGCGGGAAAUGUCCUCUGCCAAGGCAACGUGUAACAGAAAUCAUAUUUGUUUUAAAGGCUGUAAGCACUCUAAUAGAUUCGCUUAAGAAAACUCACCCAGAAAAUGUUGACGGUAACACUUGGGCACAGGUGAUUUCUCUCUACCCCACGUUAGUGGAAUGCAUUACAUGUUCAUCCUCUGAAGUGUGUACAGCUCUCAAAGAAGCUCUAGUUCCAUUUAAGGACUUCAUGCAUCCACCAGCAGCCAAGGUGCAGAAUGGAGAGUCAUGACCACUUUGAAUGACUGACACAGAAUCUACUCCUGAUGAAUGUUUCCUCCUAAGUGAAAUUAUUUUUACAAAAGGACACAUUUCACCUUUUAACUAUACUAAUGAGAUCAGCCAUUCAUGAAAACAAACUUACACCUCAAUAAAUGUCCCUGUGUGAGUAGCAGUGUGAGCCUUUCUGAAUAUACUAAUAUUGAUUAGGUGCAGUAAAUUAUCAUUUUGUUUCAAAACUAAAUUGGUGAGGAUUUAUUUGACAGUGGCAAAUUAACACAAAUCCUGCAAUUCAGUCAAACUUAAACUUGUGACUUGAUUGCUGUGGAAGUACAGUAAGUACUUAAUUUUAUGCAAAACAAUACUAUUAACAUUCCAUAUUUUUGUUAGCCUUUGUAAACCAAGAGAACUGUCAUAUUUGUGUGUAAAAUAAAUGGUACAGUUCUGUAAUAAAUUGUCCCAUUAUUUAAAACAAGAUUGGUACUGGCAGUGUUCAACACAUAAUAAUAAUUUGUAGUGAUUUUGCGAUCUUUAUAUUAGCAAUUUUCGUAAAAAUAAGAAAAAAAAACAAAAAACAAAAUUUGCCUUUAAUUAGUGCAUAUUGUUAUCCUUAUGUGACAAACUAAUUAUAAACAAAUUCAUUUGAAUGUAUCUUGUUUAAAUGCGGUGAUUUGUGAGAUGAAUAUUAAAAGCACAAUGAUCCACUA